CCAAUCGUCCAACCUUUACAUCAUUUGCCUUUCCCUUGCCUCAACCCUCUUGCACAACUAAACCCUCAACGACCUUCUCACUGUUCACCCUCCUCAGCCUCUCUCGCAAUAGCGUCGCCACAACCUCUGAGUCUUGCGCCAGUGCCCCGAGCCAACCUCAACCGUCUUUCGCCCCCCCGUUACCCGCACCGUGGUUCCACCCCAGUCGAUCUUAGGAAAGGCGGCCGCUUCGUUGCUCGAAGAGGCCAGCUGGAAUCCGUUCCACUUUAUUUCUGUCUACAUCCUUUUGGCGCCCAUACCUCUCCUUCCCUCUUUUCUACCGCCCUCCACCACGACAAUUGGGCCAUAUACUGCCUCUUUCACCCAACUUCCAGUCGCGCGUCUCUUGCUUUUCACGGCCGACCCUAACGAACGCACCUCGUAACCUCCCUUAUUUGCUGUAACCUCAUCCGCGAGCGUGCUCUCGAACACUUGUACACCUUCCCGCAAACCGCACCCUCCACGUGGCCGUACCUUGCUAAGCGACACAUUUCACGCCCUGCGUACCAAUCUGCUAGCUUCACACCCCCAAAUCCUUUCCGCCGCCGCCGCACAUCUCAGCCACCAUGGAUCCUUCAUACUACACCGUCCUUGGCUGGACGGUCACCAUUGUCGGCGGAGGCAUUGCCUACUACUAUUAUUCCAGGCCCGACGGUCGCCACCGAGACUUUAGAGGUCGAGCGCAGCGCAAUAACCUGCCGCGACCGGCGACGACGGCGACUCAGGACUCACAGGACGAGGCGAGCAACAUUAAGCGGAGAAAACGCGACGAGCGCGCUCGCGCAGCACCUUCGUCGGGCUCCCGCAACAGCCGAGACUCGGAGACAGACUCGGCGCAAUUGGCAAACAGCACCUCGAAGCGUGUUGCCCUGGACGAUGGCGAGGAAGAGAAGGAGGACGUGUCGUGGGCGCAUCAGCUCAAUCAGAAGAAGAAGGGCACCACCCUUGCACCUCCCGCUCGAGCAGCAACUCGGCAAAAGACGGUCAAGCAGUCGAACGCAAACAACAGAGCUGCCGAACUUUCGACGGAGGAGUCAUCGGCGGCUGGCGAUGCGGAGUAUGAUCUCUCUCCCGCAAUUUCACUCACUGCAAAUGACAAGACACCUAGCGGCCGUGAUGUGUCUGACAUGCUCGAACCUGCCGCGCCGGGCCCUUCGAUCUUGAAGAUCAGCGAGCCGACGAACACGUUCAAAGGCAAUAAGUCAAAACAGCAGAAACAAGCUAAGGCGGCACCUCAACAAGAAACGAAGAAGCAGCGACAGAACCGCAAAAAAGCAGAGGAGAGAAAGGCGCAGCGCGAGGCCGACGAAAAGGAGCGCAAAAUCCUAGAGGAACAGCAGCGCCGACGCGCACGUAUCGAGCGUGGCGAGCCUGCCAAGAAUGGUUUGGGCAGCCAGAAGCCAGCUAGCAACGCGUGGAAGGCUGGCAGCGGCCCUGCCACGAGCGGACAGCUCCUGGACACGUUCAACAACGACGACACGACUACGGCGACAGAGUCGACGGCGCCGACAAGCGUGAGCUCCAGUCCUACCCAGGUGACUGCCACUGCCACUGCAGCCGACAAGGAGGACUGGUGGGCUAAGAAUACGAUCCCAGAGGAGGAACAGACGCGCAUGCUGCGGGAGCAGGACGAGGACUCGUGGGUCACCGUCGGCCAAAAAGGGAAGAAGGUCCACAGGCACCCACAGGGCGGCGCCGUGCAGACCGUAGCAGUCGUCUGACCAUCAUGUCUCCGUUGCUUCAAUCUACCAUUUUUACCAUGUGUACGAAACAUACGAGGAGCCUGACUGCCCUCGAGCAGAGCGGUACACUUCUCUCUUUGAUUGCCUUUGCACAAGCAUUUUUCGCCACACGUACUACUCGCCAUGUUAUUUUGUUUCUCUCUUUACCUCAGGCGCGGAUGCAAAGGACUAUUUUGGAUGCUAUUUUCUUGCUUCAUUUUCCUGUACCAUCAGUAUUCACAGCUGUCGACAUCUUGACCAGCACAACAGCAGCAGCUGCGAAAGCAGCAGAUGCAGCAUUGAGCACGCAUUAUUGAGAGCUCAAAUGGGGAUUGUGGUGAUUUUUCUUCCAUCACGAGCGCGCGUAAAGCGGUCGCCAUAUAUCGGAUUCUUAAACCAUCGCGGAUGUUGCCAUACCCAUAUCAAUCUAUCCAUAUAUCUACCUUCACCCACUUUGUCUAUUCGGUCCUCUUAUACGUAUCUGGCAGGACAGGCCGCAAAAGCCUUUGUAUGUCGUCCUCCUCUCCGUCUAUUCUCACUUUUGCAAAACUCCUACCGGCCUUGGACAUCUGGGUUGAUCUGUUGCACCAAUUUCUUUUUCUUUUUCUUUUGAGGAAAGAGGGUGGGAUGAAGGAAUCUAGGCGCUGUCUUAGUUCCCAACGCUUUGUCCAUCCUCAUGUCUCCAGAUAUGAGCCAGGCAAGAACAACAUCAACAGCACCAAAGGAGGACAGGACAAAGAUUACAAACGAAGAGAUCCACGCACAAGAAAAGAGAAAAAAAAAUGAGCCAUAGGACGGGCAUUUGGAGUGAAGUCCACCGCGCGAAGCUUUUGACUUCCGGAACAGAAGUGACUUACAUCCAAUCCCAUGUACGUUUGUUCUUCCGCCACGGUAGUCAUGGCAAGGGAAUCUAUGGGAGGGUUUUUGUAAAGGCUGUUUGUAACUUGAGGAAUCACCAAAGAGACAGAGAGAAAGGACCAAAAUAAGCGAGUGUUUAUGUAAGUUACUCCAUACCUGCACAUGUAUUUUAUUGUCCACUCUGGUACACACAUGCACAAACGUAGUUCCACACUCGUAAAGGCACGAUAUGGCCUUUUCACCCCUUUCUCUCCGACUUGCUCUGUGUCUGGAGGAGUCAUUGCGAAAUUAAGGUAUUUCUGUAUAUCAAAUACAAAGCCUGUCCUCUCUACAGGAAUGGGGUUUUGAUAUUAUGGUCGACAUGCU